ACAGAAGCCGAAAUCAUGUUCAGGUUACUGAUACCGUGCCUGAUAUGGCUGUCAAGCGUUCGUUCCGAGACGGCGAUGAACAUGCACAUGCCGGACGGCAUGAUGGAAGAAAAAUCAUCGAUGGAGGCCUGGAUGAAACCGAAGAGGGAGUCCUAUCAUAACCCAUGCCCUCCGGUUUACUCGCACCCGAUCUCCUAUUCGCCACCGCCCCAAAUUUACUUGAAACCGGCGAUUCAGUACAUCCCCAAACCGAUGAUCACGUACGUGAAGCCAGCUCCGCCUCCGGUCAUCCUGAAGCCUACGCCAGCACCGGUGAUCGUGAAACCAGUGGUCCAACCGAAAGUAGUUUAUCCAGUUUAUCAGAAGCCGAUGAUAUCGUACGCUCCCGUCUACCACAAGCCCAUGUAUUACGCGCCCAUCGUUCAAAAAGUGAUGUACGAGUCACCUAAGGUGUACCUGAAGAAGUACGACCUGCCGCCAGUCGUCCAUAAACCCCAAAUUUCCUACCCCGUUCAAUAUCAACAUCCGAAAGUGGUGCACGUGCAACCGCAGUAUAAUUACGUAAAGAUAGCUCAACCCGUCGUUCAUCCCCAGCCCAUUUAUCACUCGGCCAUAAAACCGUGGUGUCCGUAA